AUGACGUUACCUCGUGAUCCAAACACACGCCCGCUCUCCUUCUUGACCAACGCCUGGGGCAAGCUCUUCAAAGAGUCCAUCCCAAAACGCCCCGCGCAGCCCACUCAGAACCUGCCCUUCAUGGAAGGCCUCCAAUUCCACCCCCGGCCAGCUCCGGGCUUGACUCGACUCCACGAAAACGACCAACAGCGCAGGGCAACCCCACGGCCUCACUCCGCCCACCCGGCGCAGCACCGUCCACCCAUCCACCAGAGCCGACCUCGCGAGGGCCACCUCCGCCCAGCCUUCGAGCCCUGGCAGGCACCAGCAGCGCCGCCUCCCCCGAGCAGCGUCUCGAGCGAUGCCACGCCCAGGCCGACCACGCCGCCGGCCAGCAACCGCGCCAGCGCGACGCCAGUCCUGACCAGCGAGGAAUACGCCCACAUGAUGGUGGGGCUGUUCGCCGCCGACAACGGACCCGUCACCAAGGAGCAGUACCGGGACCUCUUCCGGCAGUACAAGGACGACCUCGACAGGCUCAAGAGGGAGGAGCGCCGCCGCACGGCCAUUCUCGAGCAGAUGCGGCUGUCGGCCGAGCAGCAAGAGGCGCGUGCGGCCAAGGGAAACUGGAGCACCUGUCCCACCGCGGCGCCGUCGCAGAGUGGCGCCAGCAGCCAGCAGCAGGAUCGUAGGGCGGCAAGGGUGUGGGAGUAUCUGGUCGACAAGGAAUUCCGAGACAUGCCGCGCGAGGACGAUGCCGCUCCGGCCCAGCCCAAGGAUUCUCAGCAACAAGAAGCUCCCCCGGCUACGGUUCCGCCCGUUCCGCCCAACACCCCUUUCCGAGACUCGGUCUGCCGCAUCCCCAUCUUCUUCGACGGCGGCCUUAGCCGCAGCACCUUUGACCUCCCGACCGCCCAAUGCCCAUCCUGCAACCCUCCCAACGUCGAGGCCCCAAACAACCCCACGCCGACACCCCUGCUCAACAGCCAACGCCACCCCGACUCGGGCGCUCUGAUCCUCUACUGCCCCGACAGCGAGCCCCCGCGCACCGCACUAUCCAUCUACCUCGCCACCCUCCGAAACGACCGCGACCCUCUGGCCGGCCACUCCAUCACCAGCACCAACUGGCACCUCGUGCUCGCCUACCUGGUCUUCAUCGCGGCGCAGGACCCGACCGCAACCCCCACGCAGACCCAGCAGGCCAGCCAGUUCGCCCACGGCUGGGCAGACAGCAUCCUGCCGACCGACGCGGCCGCCAUCGCGGGGCUCGGCCCGCCCGUCGUGGCCGCGCUGCUGUACACGACGGCCCAGGCCAAGAUGCCGCUGCACUGGGCGAGCGUGGCGCGCGCCGCCCUGCUCCACUGCCGCGCCGACGCCGACGCCUCGCUGGUCGACACCACCCCGUCGCCGCGCCCGCUGUGGCUGCACCUGCCCGCCGACGACGUCCUGCGCGAGGCCGUCCGCGAGCUGUGCCGCGUGCUGCGCACCCCGCGCCAGGAGUGCAUGGGCCUGACCUGCGCCGAGGUCCUCGAGACGCGCCGCGUGCUGCGCCGGAGGGCGAGGGAGGGCUCCGAGUCCGCGCGGGAGCAGCGCGAGGCCCUGCGGGGCCAGCUGCUCGACCUCGGCCUGUGGCCGCGCCGUGGCGAGCCUGGCUAUCAUCAGCUGACCGGCGUCAUCGUCAAGAGCAGCGUCGUCGAGGUCCGGCAGCGCGUGCAGAUGGCGGUCAGGGGGCUGGAGCCGGCGCGUCGGAGGGAUCUGGAGAUGUUGGGGGUCAGGGUCGACAGGAUUGUGGACUCGGUCUACGUGCCAAGCCUCGAGGAGGUGCUGCGGGCCGUCGCCGAUGCGCGCACCUGCAUGUCUGUACACUUCUGAAGCCGUUCUUGUGUUGGUCUGGGUAUCCUC